AUAUAUAUAUAUAUAUAUAUAUCAUUUGGGUGAAUAUUUGUGAAAUUGUAGCUAUUGAUAGAUUACAACUUUAUAAAUGUACUUCAUAUUUCAGAAAUUGAUACAUUUAUGUUAUUGCGAAACGGAAUAUCUCGUUUGCUUUGUGGAGAAAUACGACAGUAAUCAAAGUAGUUUAAGAUUAUGCACAAGUUUAAUCCUCGAGCAGCCGUAUUUGAAAAGUGCAAUUUUUUUCAUAGAUAUUAUUUUUAAAAGUAAAAUAAUGUCUGUGAAAUUCUUUUAAAUACAUUUUUCGUGCGUUAAUAUAAAUAUAAAUAUAUAUAUAUAUAUAUAUAUAUAUAUAUAUAUAUAUAUAUUUGUCGAUCAUAAAGUUAUACGAAAAGGCUGAAGUCAUCCACGCGCCCGCUCUAAGAUUAAUGUGCGAUAUGCUUUUGUUACGUGUUGGCGAAUCGAUUUAUCGAUUAAUCAAUUAAUAAGUAAAUUAAUUAUAAUUACAUAAUUAUAUAAAAUAUAUAAUUAUUAAUUAUAAUUAACUAAUGAGAGAUUUAAGAGUUCAGGGGAACAUACCUAACAGCGUUUAAAUAAAAAAAAGAAAAUUAUACGUGUGAAUAGUUAAGUAAAAUAUAUUCCAUUGCGCGCGAAGUGUGGCCUGUUAGGUGACGGGUAAGAAAAGAGAAACUCUGAAAAAAAGACAUUUCCAUUUUUUUUACAUAUAUACUUUUAGAUGCGAUUAAUGUAACAGAGAUAUGACUCGCUGCCUCUUAUAAAUAUUACGUAAUGCGAUUAAUCUUAUUAACAACUUCUCAACGUAUGACUUUUGUUUCUUUUUCACUUACACAGAGAAGUGCUGUAUGAUGCUAAUAAUAAUAAUGAUAAUGAUAAAGAUAUAGUUAUGAAAAAAUAUAACAGACACACGCACACAUAUGAUAUUUCAAUGAAACACAUACUGUCAACCCGUUUUAUUUCUAUUUUUCAUUUUUAGGUGAUUGCUACGCAUCAUGUAAAUGUAAAAAAACUGUAUAUAUGACAUUGGCGCGCGCGUACGAUCUUUUUUUGUCAUCUUUGCACUAUUUAAUCGAAGUCGUAAUUAGGACAUAGAUCCUAUUGUCGCUUGCGUCCUCCUUGUCAAUACCUAAAAUAAACAUUAGCUACACGAUUUAGAUACACGAAGGAUAAUGGACGUCAAUUCCGAUUCUCUGACGUUAACUGACAGCCGCACUGUAUGAUAUAUCAAGCAGAUAAAUUUAGGAGGAUCCAAAGGAUCGACGCUUUGUGCUCGCGCUAAUGAAGAAGGCUUACUCGACUAGGCAGCAUCGCACGUGCAGCUUGUAGACAUAAUUUACGAAAGUACACUCUUGGGUAGGUCUAAAUGAAAGUUUUGUGCAGUUUUUUUUUUAAUAAAUACCCCUCCCCUCUGGGUCUACACUUUUAGGAUGCGUCAAUGUGCCUGUUGUAUCACUAACCGUUGUGUAAUUACAAUAAAAUGUUUUCGCACUGAAGAUCGAAGAUGAGACACGAACAACUGUCGAUAUAUGGAUGUGCAAGAGAGAAUCACUUGUUAAAAGAAUGUGUGACGUAUCAGAAUGGUGUUUUUUAUGCAGCUCUACGUCGUGUUCUCUCUUCCUUCUCCAAUUUAAUUGCUGCCGUUAUAUUCCAUUAUGUUUUUCUUAGGAAAUAACAUUUAACGAUAUUGGCAGACACGUUUUAAUAAUUAUUGCACAUUGUUAUAGAUGUCAGACAUUGGAACCUGAUAAUACGCAAGAUAGAUGUAUUAUCUAGUUAUCAGAUAUUCUAUUUUGAACAAAGAAAAUGUAACAUAGUGUAGUUUUAAAAAAAGUAAUAGAUCGCGCUUACAUAAUGCUUUUAACUAUCAUUAUAGCUUCAAUAUCUGGUCAUUCUUCUUCGGAUAUAGCUCCUGAGUGAAUAUAUUGUUCUAUAUCUGGCGCAUGAAAUCUUUUUAAAUUAUGAUGAUUAUUCUACUUUCGCAUCGAUGAUUGAACGUAGGAACUAAACUGAUUCUAAUUCGUAGAAUAUAGAAAACAAACAUAAAGCUAAAUACGUCAUAUUAUUGAAACAAGUUGAACGUGCGAAACUUGAUAUAAUAAACGACAUAUUUUUUAAGGGACCGUGAUCUUACAUGAGUGCGAAGUGUAGACACAGCGAGAGAAUUUAUAAUAAAUAAAUUUGGAGUUUUUGAAAUUUUUUGGUAAUACUUAGAAUGCUCUAACUCCACCUAUUCCCUUAGCUUCAUCGAUUCCGAAGAAUUCAAAUUUUUACAAGUUGCAAAUCUUUAGAUUUAAAAUUUUAGAAAUUUUUCAAAUUUUAAUAUUGUCUCUAUUACAUUUGCUAAUUUUCAAGUUUAAUUUUUCUUUUAUUGGUUUUCUAGAAUACAACAUUUAGAUAUAAGAUCACAGGAAUUCUUGGAAUAUGCUUAUGUUUUUCUGAUGCCUCAUCUUUAUUAAUUCUAAUUUAUUAUUUUUUGUAAUUCUAGAUAUUAGGCUUUUAUACCAUUAAUACGUUUUUUUUAACAUAGGUAAUUAGUUUUUUUUUCUUGCACGAAAUAUAAAUGCAAUCCAGAUAUUUUUUAAUGGAACGAGACAUUCAAUAUAUGGCUAUCUGCACGUAUUACGGAUUAAUGUAGAUAGAGUUACCGAUCUUAGCAUGCGUGAUUCUUUGAAUGGAUCCUUGAGUUACUACUGGAUUUACUUGCCCUAUAUAAAGUUGUUGGUAUUUAAUCAAAAGUUUAUCCGCUUAACUCAAUUUACGAAGACGAGAUUUUGUUACCAAAUGUCGCAAUCAAUUAUUCAUUUACAGAAUCGACAUUACAGAAUGAUAUAAUUGAUUUAUUGAAUGGUCUAAAUAAAGAGUUGCAGGUUAAUCGGCUGCCAAGAUAAUCAAGUGUUUCUUCUAGAAAAUUAAAAUUUUAAUUUUAGAGUUAUGUAUUUAAAAAGUUUCGAGUUCGACUAAUUCGCUAUGUAACAAUUUAAGUAACAAUUUAAAUUAUUUUUCUGAACCAAUAGAAAAUUAAAAAAGUUAAUGUUCUUGAAAUUAGUAUGCAAUUUUCUCUGUUAUAUUCUUAUCAGUUUGAGACAGAUGUAAAUCUUUAACCUUUCUUAUUUCUAUUAUUCAUUAUUUUGUUACAUAGCAGGAAAAUUAAUUAUUUAUAUAGAAUGUCAAUAUCACUCUACAUAUAGAAAUGAUAUUGACAUUACAUAUCAAAGUCAAAUAUAACGCAAAAAUUUCCGACAGAGACCCGAGAUAUAUAUCUAGUUUUAAUUUUAUCAAGGAAAUAUUAAUUUUUUCGAGAGAAUUUUAAUUUUAAUAAAGAGCUUUCUUUUUUAUCAGAUAUUUGUACUCUUCAAUUCGCGCAAAACCUAUGGAAUUUUCAUCGGUAUGUAAUAUCGGGUGAAUAUCGCAUGCAGUCUACGUUGGCAUACGAUGCAUGCGUUACACCGUAUCUAUAAUCUUCGUAGUAAUGCACGUGGUGACCCCGAUGAGAGUGGGAUAUGGGAUAUACAGAUGCAACAUCCGCAGGGCGGGGACAGCCGAACUCAUUUGGUAUAAAGUCUACCAAAGCCGGUAAAGCGUGCAGUCGCUUAACGAGUACCGAGAUACCAACAGCGGCGAGAUCGUCAUGUCUUAUAAAGUAAUACACUCUACAUCUCUUAUUAUUUACUUUUAUUUAUGUACUCUUUCAUCUGUUGCUUUGCUUAACAUUUGCUUAAGGCUGUACUUCUAUUUUCCAUGUUGAUUCUUCAUGAGAUGCAAUAAUAAUCUGAGAUUUCUUGAUAAGAUUAUCGGCUAUUUCGCCGCCUUAUUGGCUGUCGUCCGCGCUGGGAUCAUUGGUCCGGGUGCGACUGCAGUAGCCGUUGCGCAGCAGCCAGCUGCGACAGUUAUCAGAGCCGAAAACUACGAUUCUCCUCGGUAUAGCUUCGAAUAUAGCGUGGCAGAUGGUCUCACUGGCGACAACAAGGCGCAGGAGGAAACUCGGAACGGCGACGCAGUUCACGGAAGUUACAGCUUAAUCGAGCCCGACGGUACCCGGCGCGUCGUCUCCUACGCGGCCGAUCCUAUCAACGGUUUUAACGCGGUUGUGCAGCGGGACACCCCCGGCAUCACGGUUAAAGCCGCCGCUGUCGCAGCAGCUGCACCCCUCGCUGUAGCGACGGUGCGUCCCGUCGCCGUCGUAACACCAUCCGUGAUCGCUGCAGCUGCGCCGGCGGCAGUUGCAGUUCGCCCGCAGCUGCAGCACCCGUGGAAGUUGUUCGCGGCAUUACGAUGCCGCUUGACGGAGAACGCGGACGGCGACGCCUGGUGCAAGCGCAACCUAGUGCAGCAUUAUCCCAAGUUGCCGGACCUGUUAAACUCCAAUUCCGAGUCGCGGAUGAUGGUGUGCCCGACAAGGACCGUCCUCUCGUCACCCACCGUGCCAUGUGUCGCGUCCGCCGGCCAGCAGCAGCAGCAGCAGCAGCAGCCCGUUAGAAAAACGAUCCCGCUGGCGCAGCACUCGUCGACCUUCGUCGCGACGCGAAUCGAGCUGCCGGUCGUGGACAUUACGUGCAACUACAACUCUUACCGUUACAAGACCCUCGAGGAGAGCCUAAAGGAGCGUUACGGCGCGAAUUAUCCACCGGGCAAGGUUGUGCUGAACUAUAUUCAAUUAAACACGCCGGACUCGAGGAGCGGCAACGAGAGCGACGUCGGUGGCGAUCUUCUGGAUCCUUUCAACGUCAACGACACCGGCACGUACUCGUCGUCGGUGUCCACAAAGCGGGAAACGGAAUAUCUAAAUCUUCUGGAUCAUUUCGUAUUAAGGAGGCGGGGAAGGGCUCUGACCGCGGGGAAGUUUACCGAGACGCCUUCGUUUGCGGACGAAAGAACUGGCUCUACCAGUCUCGAGCUGUCGUACUCUCACGUCGGUACAUGGAGCCAAUCCACCCUGAGAGAUUCAGUCGCUCACGAAAAGGAAUCCAGGUCGUCUGGCAAUCAACGUCCCUCGAAAGGUAUUGAAUACAACCAAAGCGGCGGCGGCGCAAAUAAACGUCUCAGCAGCUCGCAGAGAGUGCUCAGGCGAUAGUGCGAAGCAAGAUCGAUCUCGGGAUAGACGGUAAUCUCAUCCGAGUGAGCCUUGGUCCAGCCUGCAAUUUGUCAUGAAGUCGGGGGGAGAAAACACACAGGAAAAUGGUGAAGCAGUCUCGUGAGAAAGCGUGGUCAGCGAAGGGGCCGGCCGAACGUGAAGCGUAAAAAAUCAGAUCCCAGUGACUGCGAGGGAGAAGAAGGAAGAUACACACAAGCGGUAUUGUAACUACGAGGAUGUAACAGACAAGGUGGCUCUAUAUAUUCAGAUUUGCGACUGCAACUGCACGCAGUCGAGUAAUUCGAGGGAACGCGCGGGAACAGAGCGGACUCCUUUCUCUUCUUCCCUGUAAGUACGCCCUGUUAACACAGUAUUUACGAGUCGUUCUUCGUUCCCUCGGGGAUAGUCGGCACUAGUUGGCAUCGGAUACGUAUUUUCCUUCGCGAGGCGAGUAUCUCCCACUUUUCCCUUUGGUUUUCUCUGGAUCUUCCCUUCCUCUCUUUUGCGGCACGUGCGCGUUGCUUCCUCGUCAACCUCGCGACUUCGGUCUGUAGUACCCUUUUAAUCUUCCGUAUUUCCUUCUCUCUCCUGGAGAUUUAUUCUUCGUAAAUUGCCGAACCAUUGGCAAGUCAAGAGACUUCCCGGAAUACGUUGAAGAGUCUUGGGAAAAGUAUCAAAGGCAAAAUCCGAGAGAAACCGAAGCGAUAGGGCAAAGUGUGCGACUACAAGUGCCAAUUUAGUCACCGUUAAGCCGCAUUUAUGACGUUUGAUGCACGGGGUAAAGACGGCGCGAGAGGGAAGAGGAUGAUUCCGUCAAGUCAUCAGACACACAAAGAUACAUCUUGAACGCGCGACGUCUCCGUUGUAUUCGAUUUCGUUGUGUUAUGUCUCGCGGCGCUAUGCGCUUCCGUUCUAUCGUCUUCCUCUUAGUUCGGAUGCCAGGACGAGUACGUUGCAGGACAACAGUGAUACGGGUAGACGGACACUCAGACGGUCGCAAUUGCGCCGGCAAAAUACACGUGAGAUAGGUAGGUGCCUGCACUUUGCGAACGUGAACGCAAUCUGCAAUCUGGGAUUCUCCUCGUCGCUGUUGUUGCUGUUGUUGUUGCUGCUGAAGCGAAGGAGAGCCCCACGGUACUGGAGAAACAGUCUCGCGUUAUCCUUUAGACUUUGGGGCUUUAGCUGUGCACGCGCGGCAAUUCAUGUUGUGUUGGUGUGUGAUGUGAUUAACACCUUCCACGUAGAUCACUAAUGACUCACAAUAGAUUUUCCGUUUGUGCGUUUAAAGCUGUUUUAAAUAUUGUAUUUUUCCGGUCUUGAACACAGUUCUUAAAUUGAAUAAUAUCACAGACUAAAUUAAUAAUUAAUAGAUACUAAUACAAAUAAUUUAUUAUAAAAAAUAUCACCCCAGCCAGGAUACGAAUUUAAUUAUUCCUGCGGGAAAUCGGGAAAUUUUCUACCAAUUCGCAUCAUUUAGCAGUUUAAUUAAAUAAUACAUAAGUGUAAUAAAAAAGAGAUAGAUCAAUACUCUUUUGAUAUAUUUAUAUUUAACUCUCGAUUAACAAAGAAUUUUAAGAAAACAAAUUAAUUACGGUAAAGCAGUGCAAGGAAAUGAUAUUUUUUUACUUAAUUUGGAUUGUGCACAUAAAAUUACGAGGAUAUACUUCAAAUUGUAAUUGAGCGUGUCUUUCAAUUGCUAGAAUUUCUGAAAGGUAUGAUGUUCACUUGGAAAAGAUUUUCGUCGUCAAAAAAAGGAGAUUGAAUUAAAAACCGGCUUCAAAAGAGAGAUUUCAUAGGAAUGUUGCAUUAUGCAGCACGAGAGCGCUGUGACGUCCCCGCGGAGCAACUACAUUAAUCCUUUACGUGAAUGACUCUCAAGCUUAGAAUACGUUUGUAUACAUACGCGUUCUCGAUUCCUUCGAGACAUUUGUAUUGCUCGGGCUGAGAUUCACCUGGAGAAAUCGCAACGCGCACCGCAUUCCAAAUAAAUGCGCCCGGUAUUUCCGCCUCGCACGAAAUGCACCCGCAGAGGAACGAGAUGUGCAUAAUCGUUAAAUGAACUAGACGAAAUAAUCUGUCGAACGCACAAUUUAUCCGUUUGCGGGAAGUGGUGGGAUUAGUCCGCUUCAGUCAAGCUGGCAAAAUAAAUCAAUGUCGGGCAACUAUUGCAUAACGUUGACACAGAUUAGUUACCUGUAUUAACAUGGAUAAAUUACGGAAAUGAUCGCUCGCGUGUGCACUCGGGCUGUCCGAUGAGCUGUCGAUCAGUAAAUGUGAUCAGUAAACAGAUAGAGAGAGAGAAAGAGAGAGAGAGAGAGAGAGCCGAUAUAUCCAUUCAGAAAACGAAUAUCUUUUUGAUUGAUCGACGUCUAUUCUCGAGAGAGUAGAGUCCAAAGUUUCACGCGGCAUCGCUUAACUAGCCGUCAUAGUGUUACACCUUUGAUAAUCAAAGCGCGAUGUGCGGAAAGCUCGAGGGUUGACUCAAGUGUCUCGAGCAAAAUCGAGGGAUAAUAGCGCCGAUGGGACGGGAGGGUUGAUCUUCUCUCUUCAUCUCGGAGGGCGACUUAUCGAGUCGGGGAAGCCGUUUAACGGUUCGUUACGAGAGAGCUCUUUCGCACUUUAUCUGGUUUCAAGCUCUCCGACGUGAGAAGCGGGGACGCGGGGCUUCGGGAGAGGGCGGGAGAUUCGUCGGGACGUGGGAAUCAUUCCGAAGACGAGAGACAGGUCGCAAACGGAAUAUCCACGUCUGCAACGCCGGACUCAAACUUGCAGCUGUCUUGAGCUUACGUAGUACACGUAAGGCGGGAGCUAUACGAUCAGAUCCUUCUCUUUUCAACAAAUAAGAACAGAUUUAUAAUACACAUGUUAAAUAAAUCAUCGCAAUUGUUUUUUUCGAAAUGACGCGAAGCGUUUCUUUCUCUAAGCCGAAGUUUAUUAUUCGAUUCGGAUGUAACUCUGAAUUUAUUCAUCGAUCCCACGGAGUGGGACCCGAUUUCCGCGAUCGCUAAAAAGUUGAGAGAUUCAAAUUGAAUUAUACAUUUAGACCGCACUGAGAUUAAAAAAAAGAGUGCACUUGCACUCAACGUAUAUUCGCGGCCUUUGCUUUGUCGCGAUGAAUUGGAUACUCCGCGUCUCGAGAAGUCAUUGAAGCUACGUUAAUUAUCGCGGGAAAAGAAAUCGUCAAUUUCUUGUAUACACCAAAUACAGAACGAGCACCAUUGAGAUCUAUAGGAACGGACGAUGUCGUAUGACAUCCGCAAAACGCACUUUCGCGCAUAUCAUGACCCCGUCGUAUUCGUUUGUGCUCGGCAGCGCGACCGGGGAAAAUUUCGCGGUCCUAUUAACCUUUUCGUGGCGCACUAAUUAGUACCGCGGCAAGGUUGGCAUGGACUUCGUUAGGGAGAGUUGGUAUCCGUCUGCGUUCGUGUUGCGAGGCGCAUUAUAUCGCGCCGGCAUUUGUAAAACAUGACCAAACAUACGUUACGGCGCUGCGUUCCACCUUGACGUCGAUUUUAAGUCUGCAAUUGAUCUUCAUUUUUCUUUUCACGUUGCCGUCUCGCCGUUCUGCUGAAGUAGCCUUCAUUGACAUAACGGUUAUUAAAUAUACCGCUCGUUUAUCACAACUGAAAAAAAA